UAAAAAUCCGUUUGGUGGCGCUUUUGACACGCUGCGCAGACCCCACGCGCAGGCAGCAUCGCCAUAUGCUUGGGGAGAAAGUAGAGUUUCGACCAGGCCAGAAGAACCAAGUAAUUUUUUGACGUCGACCUCUACUUCCCUAAAACAGUAAUGUCUCGAAGACGAAGAUACAGUGACGAUGAAGACGAAGGUCGCGGUGCAAAACGACGCCGUACUAGCGAACCACUGGAGAUCGAAGACCGACUGGAGUCACUCAUCACACGCGUAGGGGAGAAGAGUACGUCAUCGUUGGAAUCUAACCUGGAGGGUCUGGCCAGUGUGUUAGAAGCUGACCUCCCGAACUACAAGGCCAAGAUCCUCAAGAUUCUUGUGGACUGUGCUGUACAACUGCCUGAGAAACUGUCUGUGUACACCACGCUUGUUGGCCUGCUCAAUGCUCGCAACUACAACUUUGGGGGCGAGUUCGUGGAUGCCAUGGUCAAACGGUUCAAGGAUAGCCUGAAGGAGAACAAGUUUGAGGAGGGCCGGGUCAUUGUGAACUUCCUGGCAGACUUGGUGAAUUGUCAUGUGAUUGCAGCACCGUCACUCCUAGCCUGGUACGAGGCCUUUGUUAACGUCACACUGGAAGACGACAUACCCCAGGUUCGAGCAGACUGGUUUGUGUAUGCCACCCUCAGCACACUACCAUGGGUUGCGAGGGAACUUUAUGAGAAGAAAGAAGCUGAGAUGGAACGACUGCUGACAAACAUUGAUGCCUACAUAAGUAAGAGACAGAAGGUGCAUGUGUCCAUCCUGAGAGUGUGGUCCUCUGAUAUCCCCCACCCACAAGAAGAGUACCUGGACUGUCUGUGGGCACAGAUCAAGAAGAUGCGGAUGGACAAGUGGCAGGAGCGACAGAUCGUGCGGCCGUACCUGGCAUUUGAUAACAUCCUGUGCGAGGCCUUGCAGCACAACCUUCCACCCUACAAUGCUCCACCGCACACUGAUGACUCCUCCUACCCCAUGCCUUCUGUCGUCUUCAGGAUGUUUGACUACACAGAUGCACCAGAGGGUCCUGUGAUGCCAGGCCACCACUCUGUGGACAGAUACCUGAUAGAAGAGAACCUGAGGAGGAUCAUUGACACAUAUGCUGUGGACAGGAAGGAAUGUGCUGCCCAACUGCUGAACUACCCCUUCAAGAACAAGAUUCCACUCAACUAUCAUAUUGUUGAGGUGGUGUAUGGGCAGCUGUUCCAGCUACCGUUUGCCCCCCAUGUGGAUGUGUUCUACACCACAUUGCUGAUUGAGCUGUGUAAACUCCAGCCCAGCUCCCUGCCUCAGGUCCUGGCACAGGCCACAGAGAUGCUGUAUGAGAGAAUAGACACCAUGAACAUAGCAUGUGUGGACAGAUUUGUGAACUGGUUCUCGCACCACCUGAGUAACUUCCAGUUCAGAUGGAGUUGGGACGACUGGACGCCGUGUGUAGAGUUGGACAGCUCCCUGUACAAGCCCAAAUUUGUGCAGGAGGUGUUGGGAAAAUGUGUCAGAUUAUCGUACCACCAGCGGAUCAUAGAGACAGUCCCUGAUGCCUACGGACCACUGCUGCCACAUGAACCUAACCAUGUCUACAAGUAUGAACAGGAGGGAGCAGGUUCAUUGCCAGGUACGGUGGCCGCCCACCAGCUGAUCGCCUCCAUCAAGGCCAAGGCUGAACCUGAGGAGCUGAUGAACAUACUCAAGGACCUGCCAAACCCCAAGAAGGACGAUGAUGGUGAGGCAGCCUUUAACCCACUGAAGAUAGAUGUUUUUGUACAGACAGUGCUGCACCUUGGUUGCAAGUCCUUCAGUCAUGCCUUCAGUGCACUGGCCAAAUUUCAUGGGAUUUUCCGUGAGCUUGCAGAGGAGGAGGAGGCACAGAUACAUAUCCUGCGUACCAUGUAUGACGUCUGGAAAAAGCACCCACAGAUGAUGUUUGUACUUGUGGACAAGAUGCUGAGAACCCAGAUUGUCAACUGUUCGGCUGUGGCCAACUGGCUCUUCUCCCAUGACAUGUCGCAGGACUUCACCAGACUGUAUGUUUGGGAGAUCAUGCACUCUACUAUCAGGAAGAUGAACAAGCAUGUUGAGAAGUGCAAUGCAGGGCUAACUGAGGGUCAGCAGCACACAGCUGAAAAGUCACCUCAAGUGCAGAAAGAACUGGGGGAUGCUCAGCAGAAAACAGAGAAAAGUGGUGACAAGAGUGGCAGUGAGGAUGAGAUGCAGGACAUGGAUGGAGUGGAUGAAGAGGAAAUUGAGCAUCUCCAGGAGAGGCUGGAGUCUGCACAGAGUGAACAGAAGAAACUAUUCCUGGUCAUCUUCCAGCGUUUCAUCAUGGUGCUGACAGAACAUCUUGGCAGAUGUGAGACCUCAGGCAAAGACUUCAACACAGCCUGGUACAGAUAUUCCAGUGAGCGACUCCAGCAGAUCUUCCUUCAGCACCAUAGCACAGUUACCAAGUACCUGGACACGCUGGAGAAUCUCCUCUUCACCUCGGACACAGAUGCACACAUCCUCCGGGUGUUCCAGCAGUUCUGUGCUCUACGGGCAUAAGGCACAGUCAUCAGUACCCAUAGUACAACCUGUGGCAUCACAAUGGCAGAAACUGGCCUGCAAGCAUAAGGUUGCAAUUGUCCAGUGAAGAUGCGAAAAAUUUGCAUGGCAGUUGUGAACUGACCUAUAGUUGGGACAGAAUCCUAGCUUUGUUUAGUCAGUAGUUAAUCCAGUAUUACAGUAAACUACUACCAUGUAGCUGAAUUCUUGCUGACAGUGGAUAGCCAAAAGUUACAAUAUGGCUUGUUGUAUUUUCUCAUGUACACGAGUGCUGGUUGGAACCAAAAAUGGUAAUGUGACCCUCAAUUCCACAGUUGUUGUUUUUUCCCCUCAGCCUGUAAGAUUCUGAGCAAUUUUGUAACUGGAUAGGGUUUAGAGAGAGUUAAAUAAGUUACUAUUAUUUUCUGUUUACCAUUUAGAGGUAACGUAAGCAGUACAGAUUCCUUAACAGGAAACAUGUUUUAGUGGAGCUGUAAUGUUACAGCUGCUAUAGAUAGUUGACUAUCAUAACAACAGCCUAUACAACAACUAGAAAAGGAGUCUGAUUUGGAUACAAAAGCUUUGUAUGGAUCAUCCCUGUAAUCACAGUGACUCAUCAAACCUUGUAUUUGUACUAUCAGUAAGGGAUCAUUUGUUUUGCCUUUUAUCCUACUUGUAACUGUUUUUUACCCUGAGUCUGAUACUUAAUGGCUACUUGUGUUUGGUAGAAAUCACUAGCAGUUGUGCAGUGGUGUAGAUCAAGUUGUGACAGGAAACAAUGAUAUCCAUAGAAAGAAAACAUACAAAAACAUUACUCCAGUAAAUCCAGUGUACAAGAACUGUAGAAUUGCUGGUAUGUCCAUUAUUUUAAGUUAAGUUAAGUUUUAAGUAAAGAUGUUAUUUUCAGGGUA